UUUAGUCUGUUAAGCUAUGAUUGUUGCGUGUUGUGUUUGUGUUGUGUUUUUUCAUGUAGCCGAGAUGGCAAUAACUACAAACGGUACUCGAGCAGCGCCAUCUCUGGAAUUUCUAAUCGUGAUCAGCAAGCACGGGGCGCGCACUCCAACGCACACCUAUCCUACAGACCCGUACAGGAACAUCUCCAUGUGGCCGGACGGCAAAGGGCAGAUUACUAGGGUAGGUAAGCAACAGAUGUACAGGGUGGGUCGAAAACUCCGUCACUUGUAUAACGGAUACCUGAGCCAUAUGUACCACGGCUCCCAGCUAAUGGCUCAAGCUACGUUGGUGGACAGGGCCAUGGUCAGUGCUGCCACGCUGCUAGCUGGACUCUACCCUCCUCAAGGAUUUCAGCGGUGGCACCCCAACAUCACCUGGCUUCCUGUACCUGUCUACCCAAACCUGCUAGACAAGACUCUGAUCAGUCUUGACGCCAGACAAUGCCCUCGUUACUGGGUGGAACAGAACAGAUCAUUGGCAGACCUUGCCCAGAACUACAGUCACUAUAUCCCACUGUAUCACAUCGCUAGUGAGGGCAGUGGUACCAACAUAUCUACCUGCUCUGCUCUCUACCUGCUUUCGCAGAACUUAGCUUGCAUGGUAGACAAUGGACUGUCUUUGCCGAGCUGGGCUGAGGAAGUUUUCCAGUCACGUGUGUUGCCUGCAGUCAGCGGAAUGGUGCGAGACACCACCUUUAGAAACACGAAAAUGUUGAGAAUCCUCAGUGGUAUGCUUUUGGACAAGAUAGCGGAUCUGCUGAAGCGAAAGUCUCGUUCAGACAAGGAAGACUCUUUGCGAGCGACACUCCACGUGGGCAACGACCUGACUCUGAUGUGUGUUUUGGCAGCUCUGGGUCUGGGAGAUCAGCUGAUGCCUUGGUCUGCCACCUCACUGUUGGUAGAACUGCAUAGCAAUCCCCAGCUGCCUUCGGGGUAUCAAGUAGAGGUACUGAAGAUUGACGGCAGAGUUCACAGCUACAGCCCCCCGGAGGUGAUCGAGCUACCUGCUUGUGCUUCGCCGUGUGAUAGGGAUGUGUUUUUAUCUCACCUCAGCAAGUACACCGUCGCCAUGACAGAUUGGCGAAAUGAGUGCAUGGAUCUCUCUUCUCCUAGUGAUUAAAGUUCAAACUACUGUUCUAGAGUAAGAUGAAUAUAGAUGUUUGUACUAAUUUGUAUUUAUAAUUCUAAUAAAACGUGUUUGUACC